UCCUGGGCGGGCCAGCGCGGAGGGUCGGCAGGGUCCGCAGCAGCGCGGCGCCGAGCUUGUUGUUGGCGCCGCGAGCCGCCGCGCCGAGACGCGCCUAUAAGUAGCCGCGGCGCCGGCGCAGGCGCUCACACCUCGAUAACAAACCACGCGGUCAUCAUCUCGCUCGCUCGCUCCCCCUCUCGCUCGCUCCCCGUGUCUCGCUCGCGCUCUCGCUCGCUCGCACCCUCCCCCGACGCUCCCCGAUGCUGCGCGACGCCGCCGCGCUCGGUCACCUGGACCUCCGCUGCCGCCGGCUCGCCUUCUACGCCUGGCUCAUCCUCUUCGUGUUCGGCUCGGCCCUAUGAGUAUGAGAAGUUGGUCGGCGCGCGUUACGCAACCCAAAGACAGCAGCGGCAGCGGCAGCAGCAGCAGUAGCAGCGGCAGUAGCAGCGGUAGCAGCAGCAGCGCACAGUAGCAGCGACCAACCAGCGAGGAGCAACGCCUCCCCUCCUGCACCGGGCGUCCUGGGCGCGUCCCAAAGGCGGGUGCCACGCAGCCAGGCGAGAGCCACCCUGGCAGAUCAGUCCUAGCCCGGGCGCACCUCCGUGUCGACGUGUAUACCGCACCAGCCGACGGAUAGCGCCACCGGCACCUCCCCGUCGACGGCCACCUCUCGUCGGCGCCGCAGUGCGUCGUUCUCCCUAGUGUUUGUGACUAUGUGCCCCGGCGGUCGCCUCCAGUAGGUGCCGUCGGCUCCCCCAGCGCCUUCGCCGAGUAGUGCACCAGCAACGACAUUACCUCCACCUCCGCCGCCGUCGCCACCAUGGCGAACGCCACCGUCCUGCCCCUGCCCCGGCAUCCCGUCGGCGGCCUCCUCGCCCAGCCACUCGAGGGCCUCGGCCGCAUGUUCUACAUGGUGGAGCCCGAGCUCACCACGUACAAGACACCCGAGGAGGUGCCCUUCUUCUUCAGACAGGCCUGGCCGUACUUCCUGGCCUUCAUCGUGCUGGAGAACCUCGUGCUCUGGCUGGAGCACAAGCCGCUCUCGCGCCUCAACGACUCGCUCACGUCCAUCUCGCACGGCAUCUUCCAGGAGUGCGGCAGACUGGUGUUCCGAGGCGCCGAGCAUUGGAUGUACAUCUACAUCUACGAGAACUUCAGGCUGGCCGAGCUGCCCUGGGACUCGGCCAUUACCUGGUACCUGGCCCUGGUGGGCGUGGACUUCUGCUACUACUGGGUCCACCGCGCCAGCCACGAGGUGCACAUCCUGUGGGCGCAACACCAGGUGCACCACAGCUCCGAGGACUACAACCUGGCCGUCGGCCUGCGCCAGUCUCUACUGCAAGGAUGGUGCGGAUUUGUGUUCUACCUCCCCAUGGCGCUGAUCGUGCCCCCGGCGCACUUCCUCACCCACCAGCAGUUCAACCUGCUGUAUCAGUUCUGGAUCCACACCGAGACGGUCCAGACGCUGGGCCCGCUGGAGUGGGUGUUCAACACGCCCAAGCACCACCGCGUGCACCACGGCUCCAACCUGUACUGCCUGGACAAGAACUACGGCGGUUUCCUCAUCAUCUGGGACCGCCUGUUCGGGACCUUCGCCGAGGAGCGACCCAAGGAGGAGACGGUCUACGGCCUCGUCUUCAACCAGCCCUCCUUCAACCCCUUCUACCUCCAGAUCUUCUACAACAAGAACGUGAUCAACAAGGUCCGCGCGAUGAACGGCUGGAAGAACAAGGUGUCCGCUGUCGUCAAGGGUCCCAGCUGGCUGCCGGGCCGACCCUGGACGGGCGCCGAGGAGGACAAGAUUGACGUGAAGCCGCGCGACAAGUACGACGUGCGCCUGCCCGUCUGGGUCAACGUCUACCUCUCGGCCCACUUCCUGCUCGUCGUCCUGGGCUUCCAGGAGCUCGCCCUGCGGUACAUGAGCAUGAGCCCGCUGGUGGUGCUCGGCUUCGUCGCCUACAUCAUCGCGUCGCUCACGACCAUCGGCAUGAUGUUCGACGGGCGGCCGGGCGUGUGCCUGCUGGAGCUGGCGCGCUGCGCCGUGUUCGUGGCCGCCGCGCCCCGGGUGUGCGGCCUGCUCGCCGGCGCGCCCUGCGCCCUCCUCGUGCCCGGGCUGCAGAUCGCCUUCGGCCUGUCCGGCCUCUUCUGGACGCUGCAGGCGCUCCGCGUCCUCCAGAUCAAGAUCAAGACCAAGUAGGCCACCGCCGCGAGGGUGCGGUGCGCGGCCUCAAGCAACGUUGACUUGUGCCAAUGUUUUUGAGACAGUACCCACCAGAACAGUCUCUACCAGAAGGAAUUUUUAAAAAAUGAAUCUUCCCUGAGACUGUUAGUCCACGGAGAUAACCCGACAUCGAGUUCACAGUGCCAUAACACGUGUGAUAUAGUUUAUACUUUUUUUAGCGCAGUAAGUGUCCAGGCUCGGUGAGGGUACGCAAAAAGAGUAAAUAGAUCAGACAAAAAUUUCUCGGGCCCACGGAGUAGGGUUAGUUUAUUUAAUUGUAAUUAAUAACUACUACUAAUAAUAAUAUGAGUGAUUCAUUCGUACGUAAGGAGUCUCAAUGUGUUCGUUCGUAGUGCCAUAACGCCUCAAUGUGAUAGCGUAGUAUUCCAAAAUGGUGUUCGUUAAGUUUUACAUUAUGACAUAUUAUAUUUUUAUACGUGAGCGAUGCCAUUCUGCCAUUCUACGUAGACUGGUUUUUAAUUAUAAUCUCAUCUUCAUUAUCAAAUUGAUUUAUAGGCAUAUUUAUGACAUUAGUUUGUAGAAAACGACUUUCAACUAUUUAUAAUAAACUUUGACAAGCUGUAUGGUCGCGAAGCUUCUUUCGUGCCGAAAAGCGCACGCGAAAGUAUAAGGAAUAUAAAAACAUGCGCCGAUGCGAAA